GGGGACGACAGCAGUACGAUUUCGGAGCCUUAUCCUGAGUGCCAUGAAUGGAGAUUUGACGUUUAACUUCUCGCAUUGCCACAUUUGUGAAGGGCUAGAAUUUCCCUGGAUUAUAAGCAACUUUGCUGAUCUUGCGUACUGGCUUCGCAACAUCUAGCAUAGGAAACAGUUGAAGGAAAGCGACUCUCUCACGCAUAUUGUUUGCUUGCUUGCGCGGCCAUUUUGGCUUUGAUAUAGUAGGUUUUUCCCAUGCAGCUGCAUCGAGGAAAUCCUGCAACCUCAUCUGGGUUAUGCCACGUCAAAGCUAGGUAUUGCGCCAUCCGCGCUCGGACAACCUUUCCUAGGACAUCGGGAAGAGCUAGUUUGUGCGCUGGAACAAUACCGGUAUGCCGGGCUAAAAUAGUAACAGGGGAGGCGUAUGAGGACGUCAUUGACAUUCUUGCCCGCAGAGCCAUCGCCCUCACCACCACCACCACCACCAAUGACAGUGACGGCAGCCCGGAUAACACCACCACCAACAAGAACAACAAUGCUUGCAACAGCACCAGCAGAACGGCCCCCACUCCUCAGCCAACACCAUCAGCUGCCGUACUACAGCCCGUACGACCAGUACGACGUGUGUUAGUGGGCCUUGCGGGUCCCCCGGGCAGCGGCAAGUCCACCCUGGCAGCCGAGGUGGCGGCCAGGAUUAACCAGCUGGCCACGACUAUGACCACCACCACCACAACAACAGCAAUGGCGUCAUCUUCCUUGCCUUUCUCAUCUCCACUAGGACAAACAACACCCGUAACAACGCCCUCGUCAUCGCCCUCCCAGCCAUCCUCCUCCUCGCCCUCCCCCUCCUCUCCGUACGCUGUCGUACUGCCUAUGGACGGGUUCCACUACUACCGCCGCGAACUGGAUGCCAUGCCCGACCCCCAGGCAGCGCAUGCGCGGCGCGGGGCCCCAUGGACUUUUGAUGCGGCCAAAUUCGUGGAUGCCGUACGACGUGUACGGUAUGCAGCAACUAGGUUUGGAUCUGAAUCUGGGUUUGGCGAGGAGGAGGAGGUUUGCGUUCCCUCCUUCGACCACGGCGUGGGUGACCCAGUGGAGGGGGACAUCUGCAUACCCGCGGGGGCUGCCGUGGUGCUGGUGGAGGGCAACUACCUGCUGCUUCCCUCGGCCCCCUGGAGCCAGCUGCGCCCGCUGCUGGCCGAGAGCUGGUACCUGCGGCUGCCGCUGGACACAGCCAUGCAGCGCGUGCUGGCCCGGCAGAGGCAGCUGGGGCUGAGCAGGGAGGAGUCCCUCACACGCAUCGCCACCAACGACCGACCCAAUGCGGAGCUGGUGGAGGCGUCCUCGGCCGCUGCAACCCUCAUCGUGACCAGCGAUGUGCCGUUCAGGGGCCGUACGACACGUUGGCAGCGGUAGCAGCAGCAGCAGGGGCGGCAGCAGCAGCAGGGGCUGGGCGGCAAAGAUUAUUGGGGGGGGGUAAAGAGGAAGAAACUAACCAGGUGACAAGGCGCUGGGGAGGGGUGCAGCAACAGGGAUGGUGCAGCAUCACAGGGGUGCUGCGGGUGGUGCAUGCAUGCAAACAGGACCUGCUUGAAGCUGUAAGAGAGGCAGGGAUUUCUUGGACGAAGGAUAACGUCUAAUCACGCACAGCAGGCCUGGGGUUUAGGCAUGGGGCGAUGGGGGUCAUUCGUGGCUGAUUGAUAGGGGUUUUGCUGUGGGGGCUCACCUUACUGCCCGCCGCCCAACACAUGCGGCCGAAGGCUAUUGGCGUAACAUACCGGUACAUGCGUGUGUGUACGACCGAUAAGCGCACAUGCACGCUCGGAGGCACGGACAGCUGCUUCGGAAACA